AUGACUUACUUCCCUUGCAGGCUACCUUCCAUUUUGAAGGUAGCCCGCAAGGGAAUCAACUUCCCAUGGAGUACCUUCCUGUGGUCCGUUUCACAUGAGCAUGGACUUGAUUCGAUACCUACACAUUCCACGAACAAGCUCCAUGAAACCGUUUACAAAACGGUCAACCUCCCAUCAAGUACCUUUCUGUGGUCCAUUUCGCAUGGGCAUGGACUCAAUUCAAUACCUAUGCACUCCACAAACAUGCUCCACAAAGCCAUUUACAAAAUGGUUGAGUUCCCAUCCAGAGGCAAUGCAUUCAUUCAUCAGAGUCUGGAAGCCAAAUAG